AGGUUAUUAGAGCACUGAGCACCUUUAAGGAGUGCAGAAAUCUGUGAAAGGAGGAGUUGGGGAAAAGGACGCUGCUCCUUUUAGAGCCUGUGUAACAGAACUGAUAAGCUAUUCCUGUGAUGUGAUCAAAUGUGACUGAAUACUGCAGGCUCUUGGACUCUUACUCUAUAAAAUCCACACCAGAGCAGCACAGGAAAAGAUCGGAGGGAACAGCUUCUGCUGUACUGAGAAAGAUGCUGGAGAGCUCUUCAGUCCUUUUGUUCAUUGUCUUCGCCCUGCUUUUCAUUUUGCUGCUCUUUGUGGUGCUCAUCAGGAAAAACGGCAGUGCUGCCCUUAUCUGGAAUGAAAUAAUCCGGGAGAAAAUAACCAAUUUCAUCAUGAAUCAGAGCAAAGAACAGAGGAUUUUAAAUUUUGUGCUGCAGAAUGCAGUCCGAGGAGACCCCUGUAGUGUGCUGGACACUAUAGAUAAGUACUGCUCCCAGAAAGAGUGGGCCAUGAAUGUGGGCGAUGAGAAAGGUUUAAUUCUAGACAAGACAGUGGAAGAGGUCCAGCCAUCGGUUGCACUGGAGCUGGGAACAUACUGCGGCUACUCAGCAGUUCGGAUUGCUCGGCUACUGAAGGCAGGAGCUCGUCUUCUCACUGUGGAGUUCAACCCAGAAUUUGCUGCUAUAGCUAAACAGAUCAUUGAGUUUGCUGGAGUACAAGAUAAGGUAAAACUCCUGGAAGGCCCCUCAGAGGAAAUUAUUCCCCAGCUGAAGAAAAAAUAUGAAGUGGAUACUCUGGAUUUUGUCUUCCUGGACCACUGGAAAGACAGAUACACACCAGACACCAUCCUGAUUCAGGAAUGCAACUUGCUGAGGAAGGGCUCGGUUCUUCUGGCUGACAAUAUCAUCGUCCCAGGAGCUCCAGAAUUCCUUAACUAUAUCCGCAAGAACCCCCGUUUCCAGUGCACUAACUACCCAUCUCACCUGGAAUACAUGAAAGUGAAGGAUGCUAUGGAAAAGGCUGUGUUUUUGGGAUAGAGAGUGCCAUUAAUACUCAACCUUUGUUUCAAAUUAUGUAAACGCAACUGCACAAGUUAACUUGUCCAUGCUUUAAAUUUUGGGUUUUUGUAUUUUGCAGCCUGUAAUUACAGCAAGUGCUAGUGGAGAACAUUUUAGACCGGGUGGAAAGCAAGAUCAGGAGCAAGUAGGGUAACUGCUCAAAGGUCUGUUCCGUUGUUUCACGUAAUUUGGCAAACCCAAGGUGAUGCAUGUUGCCUUGCCUUAACAUCGAACAACACAGUCUGUUAUUUUGAGACCAAACUCAAACAAACACAGUUUGGGCUUAGGGUCGGACGGAGAAGGUAACUUCUGAAGAUUUGUGUCCCCAAGCUAAUCUGAUUAAUUGUUAUCAAGAGUGGCAAAAAGCAUGCAUGCUGCAAGAAAAGACCAUUUCAGGACCCCUGAUUUUGCUAAACUACUAGCAUGCCACUUAGUGCAGUGAAGGUUCCUAUCGUGAUAUCAGAUACAUUUUUGCACAGUUACUGCAAAAGUUAAUCAUCUCUAUGCUAGAGAAAAGGGUAUGCACUGAAAGAAGACCAACCCAUGCAACGACGAGAAAAUAAAACAGAACUUUGCAGAAGACAAACAAAUAAAAUUAUAAUCUGCCCACGCAGAGGUAGGGAAAACUGAUGUAGUAAAUAGAUUAAAACAAACACAGUAACAGACAGAUAACAAAAGGAGCAAGAUCUUUCCAAAAGAACACCAAAACUAGAUAAUAUCAGAGACCUUGAGAAAAUGCUGUUUAUCCCCUCUUAUUUACUUAUCCCUUCAUUACGUUGUGUAUACAUAGUACGUGCUUUUUAGGGGCAGGGCAAACUGCUUACUCUAAUAUGUGCUGUGUAUGUUGAAGAUGCUGUAUAAAAAUAAAGACCAGAGAGAAUGGGAUUUACCAGGUGGGUCCUGCAGACCCUGGUUAACCUCAGUGCUGUUAACACCACGUGAAUUGUGAGGGCUGUCAUUGAGAAGAUACAAAGCCAAAUCUGAUGUCUCUAACUCACUUGAACAACGCAAAAAUCCACCAGCAUUUCCUGGCAUGUCCUGCUGUGAUUAUAUAAUGAGGCAACGGCUACAUUUAUAAGUUAAUACUAAAAAACAAUAGAGUAGGCAUGUGACUUCCUUUGUUUACCAUGAAUUCUGCACUUGGGAUUUCCAGCCUUGGAACAGCCACAGAAAGAUCUGAAAAUAAGAGUGAAAAUCAGGGAUAACCAUUCUCAUCUUUUCCAUUAUGGAUUCUUUCAGACCUGUUAUCGGCUUCUUCCUUUUAUAGCCCACCCUACUGCAGUGGUAUCUACCCUGGCCUGUGUGCUACAGAACAUCCACCUGCAGGACACCCGUAACGCGCGCAGCAGAGAACUGCCCCACGGCGUAAAAGAAAACUAGAGCAGGCGAUGGUGACAGUCAGUUCAGAAAUGGAGAAAGCGAACCAUGGUGACCCCGCCAGCUUGUAAUGCGCGGGUGUCACAGGGAUAGGAGAAGGCAACAUUGUCAGAGUUUCUUUAACAAUUUAAACUCUGUCACAUUGAGAAAGACCAAAGAUUACUAUACUGGAUCAGAUUACACAGAAGCAGCCCCUUGUGACUCUGUCAUGCUGUUUUGCGUAGGGGCAGACCCUGAGUUCUAACACAUCUCACACUGAGUAAAUCAAUGAUUUAUUCCAUAAGCUUGCUUAGCAGCACGUCCUCUUGGUAUUCAGGCUCAACUCAAAGUCACUGGGACAAAGUCCUCCAGGUGAUUCCAAGCAAUUUUUGCAAAAUUUGCAAAAGAAAAUAAUCUUCAAACCCAUUUACUGGCAUACGUGUGUUUCUAGAGCACACUGGAAAAUCUGGAUACAUACAGCUUACCAGAAAUUUUUUCUGUACACCUAAAGUCAUGACUCCAAAGAAUCCUCUUUUGUUUCCAGCUUUAAGCACCUCUGCACCUCAGCAGACACUCCUGCCAUAGCAGGGCCCGUAACACGUCCUGAUAAACAGACCAAAGUCUCAGAUACAUGCUGAAGGAUGCGUGAGAGUAAUCAGGUAGACUCUUCUGCACUUUACAAGAAAGGAUCAGAAAAAUACAUUCCUACUGCUAGUUAACAGCCAAAAUUACCAUUCGAGAGACUGUCAGGAUAAUUAGGGAAGGAAGGAACCUGUAGAGUUAGCAUGGAUAUUUCAGAAGAUGCAUUAGUCAAUAAUGCAUGUGUAAUAUACCUGCAAAUAUAACAGCCACCUGUUAGUAUAAAAAAGGUAUUUUAAUUCAUUAGACAGAAUCUCCCAUACAGCAAAUUGUAAAAAUAAAUACAGAAUUCCAUACACAAGAAAAUUUUUUCCACCUGACCGCACUUCUGAAAUGCUCUUAAUUAUCUGUGGCAAGGGAUGAAAAGGAAAAAGCCUGACUCUUUGCCUGACUGACAAUUAGAAAAAAGGCUUUUGGUCAGUUAAGCAAAUGCAAUCUGGAGUCGCUGACACGGAAGUGUGAAAUCUCCCAGGGAGAAGAUUUACUUUUCAAAAUAAAGUCAUGCUUUGAAUUCUGGGAGAAGCAAAAGGUAGACAAUGGGUCUUCUAAUUCAAAUAUAGUCUAAAAACCUACUAAGUGUUACUGCAACAUCAGCCUAUUCCAAUUAGAAGACAGAACCUAUUCUUGCCCGAGGCAGCUAUGGAACUGCGCAUCUGGAAGCACCUGUUAAAAGCGGUAAAGCUCGUACCCCUGAGAGAAAGCUCCCAAUGGAAAGAGCUCCCCUGAAAUGACAUGCAGCUUUCAGCCAGUUCUCACAACUCCUGUCACAAAUGGUUGAUCCCACCAAGUACCGCCCUGCUGAGAUCUAGUCUCCAAAUGACAGCUACUCUCUAGGUUGUCUUCUUGAUUCAGCAACACGCCAAAGAGGGGUCUGGUUUCUGCCAGGGCCUCUCUGUUACCUCAAAGGGACAUGAUGUUUGUCUUUCAAAAUAUUGACCUGAUCCUUUAAAUCAGCGUACAAGAGAGGAGGAGGAUUUGAGGAAGUCAAACCCAGCACUAGUCCCUUUUGCUUCCUAAUUUAAUACCAAAUUGAGCAUAACAGCACCCAUGUAGCAAUCCUUACAGCAGAAAUGACUCAUCAGAGCCAACAGCAGUCUUGCGUUUGUUCAGGAGCCACUGCUUCCUCCCAUUGGUAUGAGGAAGAGAAAAGCACCCCACUGAAGAAUUUUGAUUCCCCAGUCAAGCGUUAGGUGCAGCACAGAGAACGUGCAGAAACCUCUACAAGAGCACAAAGGAGAUCCCAGCUGAGCUCUCAACCCUCCCACCGACGGCGACAGCACCAGGGCAGUGAUGUGUGCUUACUGGGUUGAGCGGUCAAUCAGGAAUCAAUUAUGAGCUAUCUUAUGAAUAAUAACUACCUAUACUUGCUGUGCACGCACAUUAAACAUAGUAAAAGAGUUUA